AUGUAUAUCGCCGCGUUAAUGGGAAUUGUCGGACUCUCGUCUGCCGCCAUUGCGCAGUACGGACCGCCGCAUUUUUCUGAACAUGGCAGAAAGGUCUGCACAGUUGCAGCUGGUGGAACUAACUCAACUGAUGACGCACCCGCAAUCCUGGACGCGUUUGCCGAGUGCGGCCGAGGUGGUACAGUCCUUUUCGAGGACAAGACGUACUACGUGAACACUGUGAUGAACGUCUCAGGACUGCAGGAUUGUUACAUUGACUUGCGUGGUACCUUGGUGUGGUCCACCGAUAUCCAAUAUUGGCUGAAUCACUCCAUAGGCGUUGGCUAUCAGAACCAGACCACUGCCUUCAAAUUAGGCGGUGACCGCAUUUUGUUUGACGGCCAUGGCUACGCUAAUAGUUCUUGCAAACAAGCUGGCACGUUCGACGGGAACGGUGGUGUCUGGUACAAGUAUGCUGCAGGUGUAUCGAAUAUGAAGGGUCGGCCGCACGCCUUGACCCUCGACGGGCUUACCAACUCUCGAGUAACGGGUUUGAAUCUGCUUAGAAGCCAGAUGUGCCACAACUCGCUUUUCGAAAACAUCUUGGUCAACAACACCGCACUCGAUGGAUCAUCCAGUGGCAAUACCGACGGUGCUGACACGUUUUUCUCGUCUCAUUUGACAUUCCGCAACUGGACUGUCGUCAGCCUGGAUGAUAGCAUCUCGUUCAAAGCCAACUCCACCGAUAUCACUGUCACAGACAGCUACUUUAUCAAUGGGCUAGGCAUCGCGAUCGGUAGUAUUGGCCAAUACAAGGACCAGUUCGAGACGAUUGAAAGGAUCAAGACGGAUAACAUCCGCUUCAAGAAUACCCUACACGCAGCAUAUUUCAAGACAUGGACUGGCGAACAGGUCAACUAUCCACCAAAUGGAGGAGGUGGUGGUUUGGGCUAUGCCCGAAACCUGUCGUUCACAAACCUGUAUGGCACAUCUUUCCGCGGUGGGCCGUUCACUAUCUCUCAGUGUACAACAUUCGCAGGUGCGGCGGGAAAUUGUACAGACUCCAAGUUUGAGAUUGGAAAUUUCGAGAUUGCAAACUUCUACGGGACAGCAUCUGCCCUUAACCUGACGAGUUUCCAAUGCAGCGCCGUCAAGCCAUGCCAUGACAUUACUAUCAGGAAUGCCACUUUGAUCAAGGCAAGCAACGGCGCGACAUCGCCGGUUGGCUACCUCUGUGACAACCUCGUGAAUCCUAUCGGGUUCAAUUGCACAGGCUCUCCAUGCAUAGGCAAAAGCGCUACUGGGCAGUGUUGAGCGGUGUUUGAGCGGUGAGGCGUGGCUCAAGUAUGUAAUGUGCGUUGACCGCCACGAGUAGUCUUUGAGCAUAGUAAAAGAAGUGUCUGGUUAUGACCUGUAGCUGCACUGGUGUGACUGUGGUGCCUUGAUCGGAAUACACUGCUUGCAAGUGGCCAAGAUGGGCCCUACAUUCAUCAUACAUGGAUGGAUCUUGGACGUUAAUGGAAAGGCUGGGUGAUGAUGACAAGACGUGGGAAUAACAGGGAAGCUCGCUUAUAGCAGGUA